AUGUUCACAACAAGAGUUAAGCUCUUUUACCAAGAUUCAGUUUACAGCUUAGGAGGUUGCCCAAACACUUAUGACCAGCUAAUCUCAAGCAUCAGAGCAACAAUCCCUUCUCUUCUCCAAGCCAAUUCUAUGACAAUUACCUACCAAGACCGAGAUCACGACACAAUCACAUUAACCACAACAGAGUCUUUACAAGACGCUUAUAGCCAAACAGAAGGAGCUCUUCGACUAGAAAUAAAAACCACUCAAGCUCCUUCAAACCAAGUUUCUCGGAUUAUUUCAGAAGAAUCCAUCAAUCUCUGCUUAGGAUGACAAAAGCUUCGUUCCCUUUUUAGUAUCCAUGUUGAUGGGGAAUGCCGAGGAAUCGGAAUUUUAAUCAAUCUCAGAUUUGGAAUGACUACAUCAAAAAUACUUUCAUCUCAUGAAGAAGCAGCCCGUGCUUUGAUUUAUUUUGAAGACUCUAAUUUACCAUUAUAUGCUGAUCCUGAAGAAUUUUUCAUUAUAAGUGACCCAUUAUCAUUUUUUGCUUUUAAAUCUACAUAUCCUUUAGUUGAAGUACAAGAGCAUGAUAUUGAUGGAGAAAGACAUAUUACGAGUGGAGCUGUCGCAAUUACACUUGGACCUCCUCAUGACAGUGAUAUUUUUGUAUCUGUAAAAUGGGUUGAAUUAAAAGAAAGCUUGGGAGGCAGAUAUGUAUACCAAACACUUGAAAAAUGUGGGCUUGCUGGAAGUCCUUUAUUUGAUGAAAACUGGAAUUUGCUAGGGAUACAGCUUACUGGGAGCCAAACAAAUAAUGAAGCUUCAAGCUGCUAUGAAAUUGUGAGAUCUUUAAAAGCACUUGGAUACAAAAGGCAUGUAGUUUUAUUGAUACAGUCCAUGGAGCAUGUUAUUAGCCCAGAAAGCAAUUAUGUAAAAGUCCUACAGCAAACCCCAAAUAUUGAAGGUGAUAGAGUUUAUGGAUUUAACCAAAGAAGAGACAAAGUAGCUUCUUACAACACCAAAACAAGCGAAUUCGGAGAAAUAAAUUUCGUUGAAAAACUCAGUGAAGGCACUUCUCUUUGCACAAUUCCAAAUGGACUAAUGAUAAGCGGAGGACAAUCAUCAUUAAGAAAAGCGUGAAUUUGCUUCUUUCAAGGCGACUUGCAUUGGUUUGAAACUGACAUGCCACAAGGUCACCAAUGCCAUACAUCAAUUUUCUUCGAAAAUAAAGUUUAUUUAAUUGGAGGCAAAAAUUCAAGCCGACCUAUUAAAAACUGUGAAGCUUUAGAUUAUCAAAGCCUUUCAUGAGAAAAUCUUCCAGUCCUCCGUCAAGAACGAAGCUACCCUGCAUCAUGCGUUUAUCAAGAAAAAAUUUAUGUAUUUGGUGGCACGAGCGGGCUAGAAGAUCUUGACACGAUUGAAUAUUUUGACGGAUCCAGCUGAAAACUAUACGAAAUAAGAAUGCCAUGCAGGCUCUUUGGUGCAGGAAUUUUACACAUUGAGGACAACAUUUUUCUAAUAUUUGGCGGAAAAAGCGAAAACACAAGAUUUAAUGUCAAAUUGUUUUUCGUCAACUUUGAAACAGAAAAGUUUGAGGUAGACAGCGCUGAAAAGAAGCUAGGAGUUUGUAGCACAAUGCCAAGCUUUGUAGGAGACGAAGCUGCUUAUAUAUUUAACAAUGAAGGUGAAGUCAUAAAAUACUGUAAACACACAAGACAGAUAUACAGAGAAAAGAAAAACCUUAAUUGCAUGUUUGAUUAA